GUUAUUUGGUCAUGUGACAUGUCAAGACUGACGCAUCAUACUAGUUCGUUGUGCAAGCUGAAUUCGUUCAUUUUCCACACUGUGCCCCGAUGAGACGAACGACACUGUUAUCGCUUAUGGUCAAAGGUCCCUUUGUCUCAAAGAAAAUCUUGGCAGUUGGCAGUGUAUACCACGACCAGCCAUAGAAGCCUUGCCACGCUGAUCAGCUGUUGUUUACAGUUGGGGUAACUACCGACGCUGAACGCUGAGCGAACCGUGUUGAGUAUUCCGUAAAGCCAUCUGCGCAAUCCUUUCACGGGUAAAGAUUCUGCAAUAUGGUGGCGGGAAAGACGUGUGAUGGUCAGGGUCUGACGUCACAAACGGUGACCGUUGCCACUGACAACGGCAGAUUGGCUCCAGAUACAGACGUCAGUAAUCAAAGGUCAUCGCGGGUUGAAAUGCCAGACAUCGACAGAAGUGACGAUUGUUCCGAUGCUUGUAACAAAUCACAGGACGACAACCAGCAUAGCAAUAUGGCGGCGUCUUCGAAUGGUCCUGCACACACCCCAGACCACAAGAAGCAAGACAACGUGCAUGCAGACCCCUUCAGCAACACCGAUUACACCGACUCAGUCGGUAGUGCAGAUAGUACAAAGUUCUUGCUGCCUCUGAAAGACAAUGACUCCAUCGUUCACGACUGCGCUCAGUCAAGCCUCGAUAUUUCUGUCUCCCCCAAAAUCUCCAUCAACGAUGUUGUGAUAGACUGCUACGAAAACAGGAAUUACACAGACUCCGUAACGUCUCACUUCUCCGCAAGCCAACCUCUCCUCAACACAACGGACAACAUCCGUAACUUCGUCAAAGAAGUAGAGACCCCCGUCCUUGGUCUUAUCGACCACCCAGGGUUUAUGUCCUCACAGAGAGAUCUCUCAAGCACGAGCAACAUCACCUUCGCCUGCCAGAAAGCCUUGAAGUACCUUCAGGACGAACGGGUGGCUAGCUCUCUUCUUCUACCCGGAAGCGCCAAGGACGUGUCGAAGCUGCCUCCAGAAGACGGGAAUGGUCCUUAUGAUGUUGACCACAACAUCGUUCCAAGCGGGCGCCACACACGCAACCUAAUAGCCCUCAGUGUUAGCAUAACCAUGGCUUUCAUCGCCAGCGGAACUCUCCGCAACCUCCAGACAAGUCUGAACCACGAAGGGGGCGUUGGCGUAAUAUCUCUGGCAAUGACCUUCAUGGGGUUCAUGAUUGGAAGCGUAUUCAGUCCGUUCCUUGUCCAGAACUUUCACCCCUACCGCGCCCUCCUUGUAUCCAUGCUUCCCUACCUUCUGUACAUAGCUGCUAACUUCUACCCCGCAAUGUGGCUUAUGACCCCAGUCUCCUUACUAUGGGGGGUCAGCUUUGCGUUGAUGUGGAACGCUAUGAGUACCUACAUCACCUUCCUAGCCAAGGGCUACUCCGAAAAGAAGAAACAAGAUUACGAAAUUGUCCUCAGUCGAUUUUUCGGCAUCUUCUAUCUUGUAUGGCAACUGUACAUGAUCUUUGGCAACCUCAUUGCCUCCCUUGUCCUCACAUACGCCAACCCUACUGGCGCUACCGCUUCCAGUGUGACGUCCAACUAUUCUGUCAUUAAUCAGACACUAACCAACCAAUCCACGUAUUCCUUCCCCAAUGAGUCUGUGAUACUAAACUCCUCAUCACCGCCAUCCCAUUUGCUGUGCGGAGCGAAUUACUGCCAUCAUUACACCAUCAGCAGUACAGGGUCAACUGACAAUUCAUUUGCCAAGUAUGUACUUUAUGGCGUGAACUCGGGAGUCAUGCUGUUGGCGGUUCUUAUCGCCUUCUUCCUUUUGGAACCCCUUAACAGUCGGCUUUUUAGUGCCACCAUUUCAUGCAACGUGGUCAAGACGCAGAUUGUCUCCCUUGGCAGGUUCGCCUUAAACCGGAAGUUCCUGUUGCUAUGCCCCCUUCUCCUAUUCAGCCAGAUGCAGGCGGCUUUCGCCAGCGGUGAAAUUGCAAAGGCAUUUGUGACGUGCCCAAUUGGAGUUCACAUGGUUGGGUACACCCUCAUCUGUAUGGGUGUAUCGGGCAGCCUCAGUGCUUACUUAAGCGGGUGGCUGUGUAGAUACGUAGGCCGGACUGUCAUGAUCGGAUCAGUCUCUUGAAUUUAGGUUUGGUAUAUCACCACAAGACACCAUUGUAAGAAUCCUUUCUUCAUGCUGAGUGCGACUAUCAAAUUAAGUCUUCCACCCAUCAUGUCUCUCGUUAACCGAAAAGUCCCCCGUCAGUGACGUCAAAGGGGGAACAUUUUCCGAUUGGUGAGUAAUGAGCAUGCGCAGUCAUGCCUAGGACGACGGUAAGGAGACAGGUGCUAGCGUGCUUGCUUGUUGACAUAAACACAGGGUCUUCUCUGUAAGACCAAACGUCAGAUCCGAAUCACACAACCGAAAGUUUCUGUGGAUUUGGACAAAGAGGAAAUUAUUUUUGUUCCUGAUUAAGGAAUGUAGGUUGUAUUUGUUUUAUGAUUAGUUUUAGCAUUGGAGAAACAAGUCCCGCUUUUCUGUGAAAAUAUUUUUGGGUCCUAGAUGCUUCCAUUAAACUUUUGCUACGUAUUGUCACCGAUCUGACUCGCAACACCUGAUUGUAUUCUGCGUUGACUAAAAAAACAUACAUGUUUAACAUUUCGGUCAAUCAAUAAACGCGUGUGUGUUUAACAUGUGUUCCUUUGCGUAAAUGCGUGUGCGUUUGCAUGUGUGUGUUUAGUCUGUAAAAUACAUGUAUGUUUUUUGAAGAUUCAACCUUAAUGCACAUUCGGUCACUAUAAUUCAAGUACCAGGUCUCGAUUGAUUAAUCGAAAUCAGCUGAUGCAAGUCAGAAUGUUUUUAUUUCUAUUUUCAUCAUAUCAGAAUGAAAGGAUUAUAUCUGUAUAAUACAGGUGGUUUCAGCAAAUCAUGAAAGCAAAUAAUAGUACUUUGGAUAAUAUUUUAUUUUCAUUACGUUUCGAAUCAGUUGUGGAUAGUAUUUUUGGACUAAAAUACGAAUUUGAAGGAAACAUGAUUUGUUGAAAUAAUCUGGAGGCGUGCAAUGUGACACAAUGUAUACUUAUGUACGAGUCAUGCAAACAGCAUCUUUAAUCAGAAGCACAGAGACUCACAUUUACAUGUAUAAGCUGUGAGGCCAAUGUAUAUAUUUACUUACAUAUAACAUAAAUUAAAGGCUUCAUCUAAGAUCAGUUUUCGACACUGAAAUCCUUUUAGAUAACGAGAAUACAACAAUCAACCUACCUUUUUCUCCAACAAAUUACAAAAAAUAAAACAAUUAUAAUACCAAUAUUUAAUUCCGUUUGUAUUCGACUUCUUGUAAAGUGAAUGCACACACGUUCCAACGCUACUCUGUGCAAGAAAUUAGAUGAUGCCUUUAAACACUAAGAUUUUUAAACAUUAGCUUAUAAACAAUAGACUUUUAGUUAAUAUUCAGUUUAUCAUUCACAGGAUUUAUCCUGUUGGAGUAUCGGCCAGGUAAGUAUGAGUGAUAAAAGUAAGUAAUCGUUAGUACGGCUCAUAACGUACGCCUGACCCACUGAACUUGCGCGGCUGUGAAGUCAUUGUUAGAUAUAUAGGCAGCGGAAGAUUAGUUUGUUGGCAUUGUAAGAUUUUGUUGCAUUUAGGUAGUACCAGCCAUUGUUAUUGUGUUCUUUACCAGUCAAUACUGUGAUUUGUACAACGUGGCCGUGUACAUUUGGUGGACUAGAUACUAUUGACAUUACUAUGACAAAAAGGUCUUUUUUUAAAUUUAUAAAAGUGACAGUAUAAAAAGAAAUAUUAAUAACGUUGUUUAUUGUUUAAUAAAGUCUAUACGGUAUCAUCCAGUGCACCAAAUGGCGUGUUGAUAUUAGUGAUCAGUACUGGCUUGCUGAUUGUAAUAUGUGGACAUAGAUCUGUUCGAUAAUUAGUCCCGAAAACCAGGCUAAAUUCUUAGGGAGUAAUAGAGAUGAAGCCCCGUGUCUUCAUCCAUGGAACUGCUGGAAUAAUUGUACAUUUGACGAAAACCAUAGCCAUGAUUUCUGUUGUUGAAUAAGACCCUCUAUGGAAAGAAAAUUUUAAAUCAUUUGUGUGUGAAACCGUUCUGGGCAAUAUUGGCAGGUGUUGAUUACCAGGAACACCUGUUUCACACCCGGUUCUGCGUUAACACCUCAGUAUAUCGAUAGUGAAUUCUCUCUCGAAUCAUUUGCCCGUUCCCAUGGUCUCAUCUUAAGUGAUGAAAUAAGAUUUCUGAAAUAGAACUCAGCAAGCGAAAUCAAUGACUCAGAUGAUGAGUCAGCCUUAAGUGAGCCAGUACUGUUGACCUAUCACGUGACGCCCACGUGACCGCUGACAAAGGAUGCACGUUUCCUAGGGCAGUGAUCAGAACACCCUCUGUCCAAGUAGUAAUUGUCUCCUGCCGAGUGGACACUUCCGGCCAAGUGCAUCUUCUGUCAAUAAGGGGUCAGACCAUACUUCUAUCAUUAUUGAUUCGUUAAUUAUCGAUCUCGUUGCCCCUGAAGUUAUCGAUUGCGUUACUCUACGCCCCUGUCGCCUGUAGAGAACCGAGGCCUGCUCACGAAUAGACUCUUCCAUUGGAUGAGCUGUUUAUUUUAGUUACUGCUAGUGGUUUAUGAAUGAAUGGAUUGUAUCAGAAUAUUUCUGGUAUGAAAGCGGGAGAAAGAAUUUGUAUUGGAUGUUUAUAUAUUCACGUGUUUCUGAAAAUGAAUACACAUAUGUGAUUGAAGGUUUAGAUUUCAACUUGAGCAUAUACUGACACACUUUAAAAACGCAUGUAAUGGAUGGCCAUAAAAAUCAAUUUAAUUCUCAUAGAAUGUGGUUCCGUUCGAAUCUCAUUUAACAGUUAGUACACUUUCACCGCUAAAAUAUUUUGUUGUUUUUGAUUGCAACUGAUGAUGCUUUUUCAUCGUGUGUCAAUAUUAUUUAUAUUCAAAAUACAUCGAUGAUGAAUCUAAAGAAGGCGCGUACGUCUAUCGCUGAGUCAUCAAUUCUCGCCUCAUGGCUGAGACUUAUAUAUAUAUAUAUGUAAAAACCAUAUCACACAUGUGUAUUGAUAUAAUUUCAAUGAAGUUAAAUGGAAAGCACUGUUCGUUUGAGCGAACACAACACAUUUAUUUUUCACUGUGAUUAAUUACUGACUUUAAAUACCAUGCUUGGAAGAUGCUCAGAAACCAACGCUUCCUUACAUCACUGGCAAUUGCCUUGCGUCAAAGAAAAGCGGGAUAACUCCAAUGUACACAGAAUGUGGUUUUCAUACCACUAGUGAAUUUAGUAAUGACAUAGAAUGGGACAUUUACCCUACAAAACUGUUGUCUCUUUCUCCAAUGUUCAUUUGGAAGUACGGUUGUGUGAAGGGUCGGCUCUACAGGUGUGCCAUGUUUUUCAGUUGUGCCAUUUCUUUCUCUUUUUAG